GACUCGCUACCUACUCUACAAGGUUUUGUUCUCCCCGCCCUUCCCAACAGUAGCUACCUGUAUAGAACUCCAACUGUUUGAUAAAAGUCUUCAGUUGAGCCCCUCCAUAGUCUUCCUCAAAGUAGCUAGCUUUGGAGCAAAUAUUCACGGUCACAAAUAGGACCUAAGCUCAGAAGUUGGUUUAAGAGGACGUGCUGAACUGAAUCGGCGACCGUACUGACUCAUCUGGGCUCACUCAUUUGAAUCCCAACUCACACCCAAUCCCCCUCCAAAAGCGUCAUACAAUAGUUUUGAACUUACCAUUUAAAGCCUCAAAAAUCAUUCAUUUCAUUCAAAUUUUACAUUUUGACAAUGCAACGUUUGUCGUCAAGAAUUUUAAGGGCCAUAGCUUCUUCUUCUUCUUCAUUGACAACUCUACCCAAAUAUGCUUCAUCGACCUGUGUUGUCCCGAAACAGUCUUUCAGUGCCUUGUCUUUGCAACCAAAUCUCCAAAAACUGCAAGAGACAGCGAUCCCGGGAGAUUUUGUGAAGUGGGGUUCGCUUGGUUUCUAUAGGACUUCAAGCUUUGCUACUGGAUUCACGCCGUUGCAGCGGAAGCCCCUGGACUCGAUUAUGGAUAUCGAGAGGGUGAAGGACCGCUCGUCCGAGGACAUCACUUCGGUUUGGGAUGAUUAUCACUUGGGAAGAGGCCAUAUUGGAGCUACUAUGGCAGCAAAACUUUAUUACUUGAUGGAGCAUAGAGCAGCAGAUUGCCGAUAUUUUGUCAUUCCUUUGUGGAAAGGAAGUGGUUAUACAACAAUGUUUGCUCAAGUACAGAUGCCACACAUGAUUUUCACUGGUCUUGAGGAUUACAAGGCAAGAGGAACUCAAGCAGCUCCAUACUUCACUGUAUCUUAUUACAAAGAAUUUGCAGAAAGCAAGGACUUGGUGCUUAUCCGCGGUGAUGUUGUGUUCGCGAGCAAGCUUAGCGACGAAGAGGCAAAAUGGCUUUUGGAAACCACCCAAUCUUUUUAUUUGAAUGAUAUGAGAUACAAGCUGGUUGAACGGUUUAACAAAGAAACUCAUGAUUUUGAGUUCAAGGAUGUCUUGCAAGCCUUAGACAUGCCUAGCUAGUUUGUGAUCUGCCAGAAGACAGGGACUUUGACUAAUAUGAUGGUAAAAGAGAAGGGAGUGGGAGAUGUGGUAGUAUAUUUCAUGUUAAAGAUCGAAUUGAAGGUUCUGGUUUUUAAUGCAGUUCCUUUUUUUUACCCAAAAAGGUAAUUUUUUUUUUUUUUUUUGGGUUUUGUUCUUUUUCCUGAAUGACAUUACAAACUAUUGUUUUAAGCGUUAUGGUACUCUGAAAUCCUGGACUGGUAUUUCACUCUCAUGUCGGUGGAGCAAUCUUCAGCAACUGUCUCAUUGCUUUUGAAGCAAAAACAUAUAUGCAUAUAGAUUGAUCAGAGGCAGCCUCCAUAUGCCCUCUUGAUCAAGAUUUUUAUGAACA